UCACGAUGGAUUUACAUUAUGAAUGAUUUGUGACAUUGUGUUAUUGGGAAUGAGAUUGAUGAGAAAAAACAAAUUUGUAACAUGUGAUAUUUCAGGGUAAAUGAUGCCUGGAUAUGUCAGAGAAGUUUAUUAGACAGGAGCAUUUGUUUUGGUGUUUUUCACUUCCAAUAUAUUUCAUUAUCACUUAGGAUUUGGAUAUAGGAAUUAUUACUUUGUUAGAUUAUGGGUUAAAAAGUUGUGAUUUUUCAUUUGGAGUAUUGAAAAAGGAGCAUUAAAGAUGUUGCCUACAGAAUAUGAGACAACUGGAAUGUUGUUGUCAGAAAUCGUCGAGGUAGAGGAAAAUAAAGAUGACGUCUCGUUAACAUGUGACCAGCGACGGCAACAACAACAACAAUAUUACAGUGACCGCCAGUCUCAGAGGCAAGAGAGUACAAAACCAGUCAGACGUAGCAACAAACGUAGGAGUCUUAGUUUACCAACAGGAACUUUGGCAUUUGGCGAUGCUAGGAUCGUUUAUAAGAAUGGACAUUUCACAAUCGAAACAAUGGACAACUCAGAAUAUGAUUGUAAUGAGUCAGCAGAUUACCAUUCUAGUUCCCGGCAUCUUGACAGUAAUGUAGAUGACAUGUGGGAAAUGCCGGAUACCAGUGGAGAUUCAAGGGAGACAACUGAUAUUCACAAUAAACCUCAUAUGAGAAGACAAAAUGCAAAAACUGUAUUACAAAGUAGUGACUCUACCGAAGAUGUGUUCUAUAAUGAAACUGAAUUAAAUAUAACUGGUGAUGCUAAUGUGCUAAAUAUGGGUCGGACAAAUGACGAGGUUUUUAACGAGUCGUGUUCUAGUCGUACAUCGGAUAUGUCGGUUGAUAGUUACUAUUCUGAAGGGAAUGGAUUUUGA